AUGAGCCCAAAGAACGACUCCGGUUUCAAGGUCGAGCCUUUCGACGGCUCGAACUAUGGGUUGUGGAGUUACAAGAUGAAGAUGUACCUGAUGUCGAAGGGGCUGUGGGGCGCGAUCGCGGGCGAUGAGACAACAAGUGAGGCCAAGGAACAGCAAGCCCACGCCGCGAUCGUGCUAAAUCUGAGCGAUUCGCAGUUGAUGCAUGUCAUCGACUCGGCCACCGCAAGAGAAGCGUGGGGACGUCUGGCGCGAUUUCAUCACAGUCAUGACAUGGCGAAUCGACUUUGGCUGAAGGAAAAGUUCGCCUCGUUCAAGUAUGCAGCUUCAAGCAUGAGCGGUCAUGUCAUGGAGCUGGAGGACCUCGUGAUGAAGAUGAAGCGCGCGAACUGCGGUCCGAGUGAAGAGGACGUGUGCGCAGUACUGUUGCGGAGUCUACCUUCAAGCUUCGAGAGCUUGGUACAGGCAUUCCGCAUGUCCGUCGCAAGCUUCAGUUUCAGUGACCUCGUGAGCAAGUUGAUCGCCGAAGAAGUGCGCCAGAAUGAGGCUGCACGGGUAGAAGAUGCUACGGCGCUCUACGCAGGCAAGAGGAAGGGUAAGCAGUACCCGAAGAAGCAACAAGUACGGCGCGCGAAGGGACCAUCAGGGACCUGCUACAACUGUGGCAAGGUCGGACACUACGCCAGAGAUUGUUGCUCCGGUCGAGGACCAAGGGAGCACCAGCAUGACCAGUCAAACGUCGCGUUUAAUGCUUGCGAAGGUUUAGCGAGCGACAGCUGGGUCAUGGACAGUGGCGCGUCAGCACACGUGUGCAAGGAUCGAGAUGCGUUCGAAGAGUACGAAGAAGUGCAUCAUGCGCGCAGUAUUUCAAGCGCAAAGAGCGACGUGAAGCUGAACGUCAUUGGACAUGGGACAGUGAAGCUGCGCGUCUGGACAGGGCAUGCGUGGAUCGACGCUCGCCUUGAGAACACACUUCACGUUCAAGAUUUGUCAAAGAACCUGUUUUCGCUCACGGCUGCGGCAGCGCGCGGCAUGACAGUGGAGAUAACGCGCAACGAGUGCGUGGUGAAGCGAGGCGGCAAACCCGUCGCAACAGGAAGGAAGCAGGGUUUCCUCCUGUAUCUCAACGCUGACUAUGGUACGGAGUGCCACAUGGCCGAAGACGAUACAGAGCUGUGGCAUAGAAGACUGGGCCACUUGUCGUAUGGUACGCUGAAUGCCAUGGUCAAGGACGGAAGGAUCAAGGGCGCAACGAUGAAGACGAACGUUGCGUGUGACGUAUGCGCAACGUCAAAGCAAGUGCGCAAGUCAUUCAAGACAAGUGAAGAAGACGCUGAAACCAGGGAGAGUUCGCGUUCCGACGUGGUGGUGUGCUCCGACGUUCUCGGACCUAUCACGCCAGCGUCCAAGUCUGGUUUCAGUUACGCCGUAACCUUCAUCCUGAUGAAAAGCAGGUAUGUAACGGUCUAUCCGUUGCGAAAGAAGAGCGACGUUGCGAGUGCGUUCAAGCGGUUUUACCAAGAUGUCAAGACAGCAUCUGGAACGAAGAUAAAGGUGUUGCGAAGUGACAACGGCGGCGAAUACCGGAACGAAACGAUGAACAGCUUUUGCAAGGCAAAGUUCAUUAAGCAAAAGUUCACGGUUCCGUACAAUCCAGAGCAGAACGGGAUGGCGGAGCGGAUGAACCGCACGCUGGUGGAGAUGACGCGCUGUAUGCUCAAGGAAAGCGGCCUCGACAAGUCCUAUUGGUGCGAGGCACUGAUGACAGCGGCAGACAUCAGAAACAUUCUGCCGAACGCGUCGAACAAGAACUCAAGCCCACACGAGAUGGUGUUCAAGAAGAUUCCGCGCAUCGAUCACAUGCGCGUGUUUGGUGCGCAAUGCUAUGCGCAUGUGGCGAAGGAGAAGAGAAAGAAGCUGGACGACUCAGGCGUGCGAUGUUUCUUUCUCGGCUAUGCGAAGGACCAAAAGGCGUAUCGGCUUCUCAACGCGGACGAUGGCUCAAUCGUGAUUUCAAGAAGCGCACUCACGUUCGCUGAGCAUUCUGUCUCGAAAGCAUCAAAAAGCAGAGACACGCGGGUCUUUGAUGUCAUUGAAGAAGAGGAAAGUGUGGAGGCGUCGCUACCCGAUGAUGAAGACAUACCAGCGCCGGUGACCGAAGAAGAGCUGCGCACCCCACCACUUCGAGCGCAGAACAGCUCUCAUCCCGGACCAAGUGAUCGACCAAGCGACACCAUUCCUACGCGCGCAUCCAGCACACCCGGAAGAAAUGGAGAAGAAGAGUGGAUGGUGCGACCGGUUCGGAAGAAGCGCGGCGUGGUUCGCUACGAACAAGAAUUUCCGAGCCAUCGUCGCGGUCGCUUCAAUUUGGACGACUACGAAGGUGACUUCGACUCUUUCUACUGUUUCUCGGCUGAAGAAGAUGGGGAAGAAGCGUCCAGCUAUUAA